UGACCCGGAUGUAGAAGGCGGAGACUAGUGUUACACAUAGGCGGGCGGAAGGCGGAAAUGGAGGCUUAGAGACAAGCAGCGAAGAGAGGGGGCAGUGGGAGGGAGGAGCAGCGCCCCCUCUCGUUGCCACGGCAACGGGACCAGGUUGAAAGAUUGGUGAUGGCUGUAACUUAAUCCUUGUCAAGGCCAGAGUAAUCCUGGAGCCCCAGCACCAUGAUGGAGCACCUCAGGUCUGGAGAGCUGUGUGAAUCCAAACCAGACCCGUGUGGCUUGGCCAGGACUGUUCAUAGCAUCGGUAGCCCUCGUGUGACUGAUGAGUGCUUAUUCUCAUGUGAGGAUGCAGGAAACGGCAUACCCACAGGUGCCUAGAUCUCUAAAGGGGGCUGUAAUUUCAAAGUCUGGCCCAGAAGAGAGAUGCCAGUUUUGGAAGCAAUGGCAACUAGUGGGCUGGUUCCUAAAAAGGUUGAGACUUCAGGCGGGGAGGGAAAUACAAGGGAAACUGAAACUUCUUGGAAAGGAAGCAGUGAGCAAGAUAACGGUGGCUUGCACUUUACUGGCUACAGUGCUCCUGGUGAUGAAACUGGCUCUUGUAAAUGUCUGGGAGAGACCUCUGAUCCUUCUGGAACUUAUUCAGAGAAGGGGCACCAUUUGUGUAGUUUUGCUUGUCAGCAUCAGGCUUUGGACUCCAAGGAGAAGGAUGCAGAAAAGUUACUGCAAGGGGAAGAGGAAGACAUCAAAGAUGACACGAUGUCAAAGGCCAAGGAGGAACUUCCUGACUAUACUAAGGCUCCUGGUGGAAGGAAGGUUGCUCGGCAGCAAAGGCAUCGUGCUGCAGCAAAGGACAAGUGGGAAGGACGAUCUGCACUAUCUGGAGGGAAACAGAGGCAAAGUAGGAAGAGGAGUGAUGGUGGGAGGUACCAUGUCCGAGCUGAGCUGCUCAAGCACUUGGCGGGAUUGGCUUCUUUUUGCUUCUCUUGUUUCAAAUUAUUCAUCCACCUGAUUGUGCAGGUCACCCACAGGUGUGGUGAGGGUGUGGAAGCAGGUGGGAAGUUCCUUUAUUCUUGUUGUUCUUUCAACCAGUGUGAUAUCGACACUAUCCAGACCGGCAUGAGGGCUUGGAUCCAGCAUGCCAAGCUGGGUUGUAGGAAACUGAUGCGACAGCUAGGCUCAUGGGCAAGCCUGACAUACCACCUACUCAAGAUGCUUUGUGCUGUACUUUUUCUGGUGCUCAUGCUUAUCUUGGGUAGCCUGAGACUCUGCUGGCAGGUCUCUAAAUUAGCCCUAUUCAGCGUCUUGGGCAGGUUUGCUCACACCAGUCAUGGGGCCUGGCUUCUCUCAGCACUUGACUUACCCAAAGUUUGGGCUUUCUUCAAACACAGCAGGACUUACACCUGGGUGGUAAGUCUGUUGCAUAAGUGGCAUGACCUCCUUUGGAUGCCUAAAGGACUAAGGACCAACCAGCCAGGGGAUGCUACUUUCACUGGGUCUCCUGGUGAAUCUGGGCAGUAUCAACCUGGAGAAGUGAUGGCACGUUUGCUGGCUAUGGCACAUACCCCUGAAGAAGAGCUCAAUCCUUUCCAGGUGUUAGGUCUAGAAGCAACAGCAUCGGAUGCUGAGUUGAAGAGAGCUUAUCGGCAAUUGGCUGUACUGGUUCAUCCAGACAAGAAUAAGCAUCCACAGGCGGAGGAGGCGUUCAAGGUGCUACGGGCAGCCUGGGAUAUUGUCAGCAAUCCUGAGAGGAGGAAGGAAUAUGAAAUUAAACGCAUGGCAGAAACUGAGCUGUCCAAAUCAAUGAAUGAGUUCCUUUCCAAACUGCAGGAUGAUCUGAAAGAAGCCAUGAACACAAUGAUGUGUAACAAGUGCCAGGGGAAGCACAAGAGGUUUGAGAUGGACCGUGAUCCAUUGAAUGCCCGCUACUGUGCAGAAUGUAACAAGCUUCAUGCAGCUGAGGAGGGUGACUUCUGGGCUGAAUCUAGCAUGUUAGGGCUGAAAAUCACAUAUUUUGCCAUGAUGGAUGGAAAGGUUUAUGAUAUCACAGAAUGGGCUGGCUGCCAAAAAGUGGCAAUCUCCCCAGAUACUCAUCGGGUUCCAUAUCACAUAUCUUUUGGGUCAAGGGGUUCUGGAGGACGCCAAAGAGCUGCGUCAGAUGUCAAUCCUGCUUCAGCUGCAGAACUACAGGACUUUUUCAACCGCAUCUUUCAAGGAAAUCCUGGACAGAUGCCGAAUGGUAAUCUUUUCAACACACCCCAACCACCAUCCUCAGGGGCUGUGCCCACUCCUCCAUCAAAGGUAGACAAUGCUUCCCAGAAAGGUGACUCAAAGCAAAAAAAGCGGAAAAAAGUACGACGCCCCUUUCAGCGCUGAGAACAUGACUGAGUGAAAUCCCCAGGCCUGCAUGGAUGCUGGGCCUUUCAUCAGGUAGCUAAAGGGCUGUUUCAAAAGGGAAAAAAAUGUGUUCUUGUUAGUGUCAUAAAUCCAGAUGAUUCAGGAACCUCUGGACUAAUCAAUAAUCCAGUAACUUCCCACUGGAAAAAGACACUUCCUUCUUCACUGCAAAUGUUGACACAGAUCCCGUGAUACCAAAGAACUCCAGUGGAUGGCUUCCAGGAGGUGACAUAAUGACAGUGUGGGAUGGACAGAUGCAGCAUCUACUGAGCCAUGGGAUCUCUUUAAAGUGACUUUCUCAAUGGGAUGCUUCCAUAACUGUCCAUCUUUCCUUUCUAGCAGGGGUAUGACUAGAACCAGCAAGUAUUACCUGGUUGUUCAGCGUUUUUCACAAGGAUGGACUGGAACCUCAUCCCUUUUUUCUGGCAUCAUUUGCCCUGCAAUCAAAGGCUCUCCAGUUACCUUGAGGCUAAGAGAAAAGCCAAGCUCUCCAAGGUAGCUAAUUGCCUAGGAAAGAAUUUCAUUUGACUUGGGGUGAUUUUAUUAUGUGAAGAGAAGGUUUUUAUAUCCCUCUUUAUGUUGAAGAGUCUCAAAGUGGCUUACAGUCUCAUUCCUUUCCCCUUCUCACAACAGGCACCUUGUGAGGUAGGUGGGGCUGAGAGAGUUCUGAGAGAACUGUGACUGAUCCAAGGUCAUCUGGUAGGUGUCAUGGGAAAGAGUGGGGAAACAAACCCGUCUCUCUGGAUUAGAGUCCUCCACUCUUAACCUCUACACCACACUGGGUCUCAGCAUGUCUCCAUGCCUCAUUGCUGUGUAAGAUCAAUAAUGAUCCUCUUACCCCAUGUUAGGUGCUCAACAGUUGCACUAGAAAAAGUGACAACAUUAAAUGUACUUCCUAAGAAAAAAAGUUGCUUGCUCACUAAGCAAAGGACCCAGCAGGACCCCAAACAUAAUAAAGUUAAGAGGAAGUAAACUUUAAUAGUUACUUUGUGCAGGGGCUGCACAAACACAGUGCAGAUACUCAGGAUUAUGCCAAGCAGUUCUGCUAUCUUGCUUUGAAUCCCAGGUGCUCCCUGGUUCUGUCACAAGGCUAUUUAGAAGGUGUUUUUCACCUUCCCACCACUAAAGGGCAAAUUACCACCUCUGGUUCUGAAUGCCACGUGACUCUUUCUGAAAGAUCAGUCCCAAGUCGUCUUUUCUAAAGCGCUUGAUUUGCUUUCCCCUAAUCCUGGCAAGCACCUGAUGUCUGCCUAUGCUGUCCCAGAACUGUUUUAUUUUUCAUAGAGGACAGAUCAAACCAGUUGAGAAACUGGCAGUUCAAGCCCCAAGGCUUAACAUGGACGGUCAGCUCUAUAGCCGUUCAACCUGUUUUACUGAAGGUUACUUUUUUAAAAAGAAGUUCAUAUUUGUAUGUACAUACAUAUAUUUAAUACCAUGUGUACUCCCCUUUCUAUAAAUAUAUAAAUGCCUUGGA